CUGUUAAUGCCACCAUUCGUCCUGUGAUACAUUGAAUACUGCAUGUGCCCUGAAAGUUGCCAGUCACUUAUCCCUGUUGAACUUUUUUCUUGAAAGGAAAGCAAAAGUAAAAAUAGUAGAAUAAUGGAAGAGGCACAAACCAAUGUUAUGUCUUUUACACCAUAUCCCAGAAAAUGGAUAGAAAAAUCACCAAAACCGGAUGCAGUUUCCAAAGAAAAUGGAUUUACUGCAGUGUCAUACAACCUUUUAGCCGAUUGUGCUGUUAGAAAUUUAGUAGGAUAUCACAGUUAUGUUGCAAAGCAUGCUCUUUACAUGGACUUUAGAUUGCCAAGAAUAUUAAAAGAGCUAGCUGAACUUGAUGGAGAUAUUGUGGCCAUGCAGGAAGUAGAGGGGGAGGUGUUUUUUAAAGGGCUUGCCCCAGCUCUGGGGAAGUUGGGUUAUAAGGGGGUGCAUCUACAGAGAAGAGAUGAUCUUGGGUUGUCAUUGUUCUUUAAAACCAGUAAAUUCUCACUGUUGGACCAGAAGUGCUGCACUCUACAUGAUUUAGCUGAAACCACACUGCAGGUUACCCCAAUGAGUACAGAGCAGAGAAAUGAAGUAAGAACCUACAUUGAGCGACCAAGUGCAUUCUUAUUAGCCAAAUUAAAACAUAAAGGAACCAAUCAAGUUCUGACAGUAGGCAACAUUCACACAGUGUGGGACAGUAUGCAAUACCAGACUGUGACACUUUUGCAGGUAAUCAGUGCAGUUAGAGAACUGGUGGCAUUUGCUGGGGGAGUUCAGCAGCCUCAUUUAAUCCUAGGAGACUUUAACAGCAUUCCUGGGGGACCUGUCUACCGCUACAUGAACGAUGGAAAGUUAGACGAGGAAAUGAAAAAAAUAUUGAGACAGGAAGAACCUGUGGAAGUGCCAGAUGUUGGGAGUUGGCAGCUGUUAGACCUCCUACCUACUGAUAGUUUAACCAGAAAUCCUAUGCAAUGCAAAAGUGCUUAUUUUGAAAUCAUGGGCAAAGAACCAAGCAUAACCAACUGUGAUGAUGCCUGUCAGGACGGAAGAUUUGAUGGCUGCCUUGACUACAUUUGGUACAGCUAUGAGAGCCUUUCUGCCUUGGGCGUCCUGGAGACUCCAUCUUCUGAGCCAAUCAUGAGGUUCCAUGCCUUACCCAGUGAUUUGUUUCCGUCAGACCACAUACCUAUAAAGGCACAGUUCAGGUUCAAUAUGCAAACUCCUCAGUCUGUGAUCUAAAGGUUUUUUAAUUAUGAUAAUAAAAGCUGUGUCUAUUCCAGCAUAGAAUAUGAAAGCUGUAAAUGUUAGCCAUAUUUUUUAUUUGCCAAGGAUUUUUUUACUGAUUUAUUACAAAUUUGUCAAUGAUUUGCUUCAAAUUUUUUAUUGGGUUAGAACUAUUCAGCUAUCUGUCUGAAAGAGAUCAAAGUCUAGAGUAAGCAUAGCAUUAAAGAAAUUGAGAAGAGCAGGGAUUUCUGUUAAUGAACUCACACAGUCCUAUGUACCAGUGAUACAAUCUUAUCUACAUGUACUCUGGAAUACACCUGCUAAGUUUGGCACCCGGGACUUACAAAACAACAAAGCGACAAGAUUAAAUGGUCCAGAAAGAGCACAUAA